UACAUUCGGCAGGUGAGUUGUUACACAGUCCUUAGCGGAUUCCGACUUCCAUGGCCACCGUCCUGCUGUCAAGAUGUACUAACGCCUUUUGUGGUGUCUGAUGAGCGUCCACUCCGGCACCUUAACCCCGCGUUCGGUUCAUCCCGCAUCGCCAGUUCUGCUUACCAAAAAUGGCCCACUAGUGUUGAUACAUUCGAAGGCCCACGUUCAACUAAGUAA